UAUAUAAAUAAUAAUAAGCCCACGUUCAAAAGCUCUGUGGUCUGAGUUGUUGCCAUCUCCUUUAUCUCUCUGCACUAAUUCUCGAGAAUGGAGGGGCAGAAGCUCAUUGUCUUCCUCUCCUUCUUCUGUCUUCUCCUCUUCUCUUUUCUACCAGGUGGGCAAGCUUCUUCUCACGCCGCCGCCCAUGGCGGCCGCCUUCACCGUUUUCAUCCAAAAAAGAUCUUUGUGUUCGGCGACUCCUACUCCGACACAGGCAACACCCCAAAAUCUGACUCCAGCGCCUGGAAGGUUCCCUACGGCACCACCUUUCCCGGAAAACCAGCAGGCCGUUUCUCCGACGGUCGUAUUCUCAUCGAUCUCCUCGCAAGGGCGUUGGGGUUGAGGUCUCCGGUUCCGUACAAAUGGAUGAAGUACGCACCGGAUAGGUUGUUGAAGUACGGGAUGAACUUCGCGCAUGGCGGGACCGGCGUGUUUGAAACACUGAGUACCGGGCCGAACUUGACGGCGCAGAUCCAUCAACUGAGCUCGCUCGUGAAUAAUGGUUCUGUCUUCACAACGGAGGACUUGCAAUCGGCGUUGGCUCUCGUCACCGUCGCCGGCAACGAUUACAGUGCUUACCUCGCCAAAGGCGGCUCUCUUCAGGACUUGCCACCCUUCAUAACGAGCGUAGUCAAUCAGCUGGCCGUCAACUUAAAAAGCAUCCACGCCAUGGGACUGAAGAGGGUGGCGGUCGGAGCUCUGCAGCCGCUCGGUUGUCUCCCCACCAUCACAUUCGCCAAUUCUUUCCAACAAUGCAACUCCACCGUCAACGCCGCCGUCGACUUCCACAACAGCCUGUUACAGCAAGCCGUCGCCAAGCUCAACAACGACAGCCACAGCAACUCAUCUUACUUCAUCAUUGAUCUCCAUAGCCCAUUCAUCUCCGUCCUCAACAAAACAGGAAAUGGGGACGAUCAGUUUGAGACGCCAUUGAAGCCGUGCUGCUUGGGCGUAAGCGCCGAGUACAGCUGCGGCAGCGUGGACAAGGAAGGAGCCAAGAUGUACAGAGAGUGUAGUAACCCUGAAGCCGCCUUCUUCUGGGACCUGUUUCAUCCAACCCAAGCUGGAUGGAAUGCUGUGUUUCAGCUUCUCAAAUCCAAUCUUCUUGGACGAAUUUAACCAGUUGCCCUAAUUUCCUUAAUAUGUUUCAUCCCAUUUGCCACUAUUUUAAUUUGCAAUAAUUCAUGUUGGGCAUUUCGCCUUCUCUGUGUAACAUGUUGAAUAACUCUUUAAAUAAAGGAUAAAUAUCAACAAAAUGUAAUUCCAUGUUA